UAGAUCAUUUCCUUUUGUGCGGAUGCUGUUAGAAAGCGAUUAAUUUCAUUGAAUUUCUGAUUUCUUAUGCGAUUUUUUUUUCCAAAAGGAAAAGCCGACAAACCGUUUCUUAUAUUUUUUCGUAAAAUUACGAACAUUUUAUUGAACAAUAGAAAGCAAUUAUUUAAACGUGAGAUUAAGUUCUUAACUACCCGUUAACAAAGCGCGAAGGAAGCAUUUGGGCUGAGACGACGCGAAACACUUCAAACUUUUGAAAAGGAAAACAACUUGGCAAAAACUUCGAAUUUUGCACUCAAGCCCCGACUCUCACUCGAGUUACAAUAAUAUAUAUUUAAUUUACGUUUUCUGUUAAGAAAAAGCGAAUCUUUAACCAAGAUGCCGAAGCCAAUUGCUAGCCAAGAGGAUGAGGAUCCAACCCCAUACCUGUUUGUGUCUUUGGAACAAAGACGUAUCGAUCAAUCGAAACCCUAUGACUCCAAGAAGAAUUGCUGGGUGCCCGAUGAGAAGGAAGGUUAUCUUCUUGGUGAAAUUAAGGCCACCAAGGGUGACAUCGUCUCCGUGAGCCUGCCCGGCGGCGAGACCAAGGAUUUUAAAGCCGAUAAGGUCGAAAAAACGAAUCCUCCGAAAUUCGAAAAAAUUGAAGAUAUGGCCGAUAUGACUGUGCUCAAUACGCCUUGUGUCUUGCACAAUUUGCGACAACGUUACUACGCUAAACUAAUUUACACCUACUCCGGUCUUUUCUGCGUUGCCAUCAAUCCUUACAAGCGUUACCCGGUAUAUACCAAUCGCUGCGCUAAGAUGUACCGUGGCAAGCGCCGCAAUGAAGUGCCACCACAUAUUUUCGCCAUUUCUGACGGUGCCUACGUCGACAUGUUGACCAACCACGUCAAUCAAUCUAUGUUGAUUACUGGUGAGUCUGGUGCUGGUAAGACUGAAAACACGAAGAAGGUAAUUGCGUACUUCGCCACUGUCGGUGCCUCAACAAAGAAGGAUGAAUCUCAAAAGAACAAGGGUUCUCUGGAAGAUCAGGUCGUACAAACUAACCCUGUACUGGAAGCUUUCGGUAACGCUAAGACUGUGCGAAACGAUAACUCUUCUCGUUUUGGUAAAUUCAUCCGUAUUCACUUCGGCCCCAGCGGUAAAUUGGCUGGUGCUGAUAUUGAGACUUAUUUGCUUGAGAAAGCUCGUGUAAUCUCUCAGCAAUCUUUGGAACGUUCAUACCACAUCUUCUACCAGAUUAUGUCUGGCUCCGUCCCCGGUGUUAAAGACGCUUGUCUGUUGACCAAUAACAUCUACGAUUACCACAUUGUCUCUCAGGGCAAGGUCACAGUCGCCAGUAUCGAUGAUAAUGAAGAAUUCCAAUUGACCGAUCAAGCCUUUGAUAUAUUGGGUUUCACCGCUCAAGAGAAACAGGAUGUCUACAAAAUCACCGCCGCUGUCAUGCACAUGGGUGGUAUGAAGUUCAAGCAACGUGGUCGCGAAGAGCAGGCUGAACAAGAUGGUGAAGAAGAAGGUGGUCGUGUGGCUAAAUUGUUCGGUUGUGACACCGCUGAACUUUACAAGAACUUGUUGAAACCCCGUAUCAAGGUCGGUAACGAAUUCGUUACUCAAGGCCGUAACGUGCAACAGGUCACCAACUCCAUUGGUGCUCUCUGCAAAGGUGUAUUCGAUCGUCUCUUCAAAUGGCUGGUUAAGAAAUGUAACGAAACUCUGGAUACUCAACAAAAACGUCAGCACUUYAUUGGUGUACUGGAUAUUGCUGGUUUUGAAAUUUUCGACUACAACGGUUUCGAACAAUUGUGUAUCAAUUUCACUAACGAAAAACUGCAACAAUUCUUCAACCAUCACAUGUUUGUUUUGGAACAAGAAGAAUACCAACGCGAAGGCAUUGAGUGGACUUUCAUCGAUUUCGGAAUGGAUUUGCAGAUGUGUAUUGAAUUGAUUGAGAAGCCUAUGGGUAUCUUAUCCAUCCUUGAAGAAGAGUCUAUGUUCCCCAAGGCUACCGAUCAAACAUUCGCCGACAAAUUAGUUAACACUCACUUGGGCAAAUCGGCACCAUUCCAGAAGCCGAAACCACCAAAGCCUGGCCAACAAGCUGCCCACUUCGCUAUUGGACAUUAUGCUGGUGUUGUCUCUUAUAACAUCACCGGUUGGUUGGAAAAGAACAAGGAUCCAUUGAACGAUACUGUGGUCGAUCAAUUCAAGAAGUCUCAGAACAAGUUGUUGGUCGAAAUCUUCGCUGAUCAUCCAGGUCAAUCUGGUGGCGCUGAACAAGCAAAGGGCGGUCGGGGUAAGAAGGGUGGUGGCUUUGCUACUGUUUCUUCGGCUUACAGGGAACAGUUGAACAGCUUAAUGACCACUUUGCGUUCAACACAACCUCACUUCGUGCGUUGCAUCAUUCCUAACGAAAUGAAACAACCUGGUGUUGUAGAUGCUCACUUGGUUAUGCACCAAUUGACAUGUAACGGUGUACUUGAAGGUAUCCGUAUUUGCCGCAAAGGUUUCCCCAACAGAAUGGUGUACUCUGAUUUCAAGAUGCGCUACAAGAUCAUGUGCCCGAAACUUUUGAUUGGCGUAGAGAAAGAUAAGAAGGCCACUGAAAUCAUUAUUAAAUACAUUGACUUGCCAGAAGAUCAAUAUCGUAUGGGUAACACCAAGGUGUUCUUCCGCGCUGGUGUCUUGGGUCAGAUGGAAGAAUUCCGUGAUGAGCGUCUCGGCAAAAUCAUGUCAUGGAUGCAAGGAUGGGCUCGUGGUUACUUGGCCCGUAGGAACUUCAAGAAAUUGCAAGAACAACGCUUGGCCCUCAAAGUUGUACAACGCAACUUGCGCAAAUACCUUCAACUCCGCACAUGGCCAUGGUACAAAUUGUGGCAGAAGAUCAAGCCUCUACUCAACGUUACCCGCGUUGAGGAUGAGAUUGCUCGUCUAGAAGAGAAGGCUAAGAAGGCUGAAGAAUUGCAUGCUGCUGAAGUGAAAGUACGMAAGGAAUUGGAAGCCCUCAAUGCUAAGCUAUUGGCUGAAAAGACUGCCCUUUUGGACUCGCUGUCCGGGGAGAAGGGUCAAUUGCAGGAUUUCCAGGAGAGAAACGCUAAAUUGACUGCCCAAAAGAACGAUCUCGAGAACCAAUUGCGUGAUAUCCAAGAUCGUUUGAGCCAAGAAGAGGAUGCCCGUAACCAAUUGUUCCAACAAAAGAAAAAGGCUGAUCAAGAAAUCUCUGGCCUAAAGAAGGACAUUGAAGAUCUCGAAUUGAGUGUUCAGAAGGCCGAACAAGAUAAGGCUACUAAGGAUCACCAAAUUCGUAACUUGAAUGAUGAGAUCGCCCACCAAGAUGAACUCAUCAAUAAGUUGAACAAGGAGAAGAAGAUGCAGGGUGAGACAAACCAGAAGACUGGCGAGGAACUCCAAGCUGCUGAAGACAAAAUCAAUCACUUGAACAAGGUUAAGGCUAAACUCGAACAGACUCUUGAUGAAUUGGAAGAUUCAUUGGAACGUGAGAAGAAACUACGUGGAGAUGUUGAAAAGGCUAAACGCAAGGUUGAGGGAGAUUUGAAACUUACCCAGGAAGCCGUAUCCGAUUUGGAGCGCAACAAAAAGGAACUGGAACAGACCAUUCAACGCAAGGACAAAGAAUUGUCUUCAAUUACCGCCAAACUGGAAGAUGAACAGGUUGGUGUUGGUAAACAUCAACGUCAAAUUAAGGAAUUACAAGCCCGCAUCGAAGAGUUGGAAGAAGAAGUUGAAGCUGAACGUCAAGCCCGCGCUAAAGCUGAAAAGCAACGCGCUGAUUUGGCUCGUGAAUUGGAGGAAUUGGGAGAGCGCUUGGAAGAAGCCGGUGGUGCCACAUCAGCCCAAAUUGAGCUCAAUAAGAAACGCGAAGCCGAACUCAGCAAAUUGCGUCGUGAUUUGGAGGAAGCCAACAUUCAGCACGAGUCCACUUUGGCCAACUUGCGCAAGAAGCACAACGAUGCUGUCGCUGAAAUGGCCGAACAAGUUGAUCAGCUAAACAAACUGAAGGCUAAGGCUGAAAAGGAGAAGAACGAAUACUACGCUCAAUUGAACGAUCUCCGCGCUGGUGUCGACCACCUUACCAACGAGAAGGCUGCCCAAGAAAAGAUUGCUAAGCAAUUACAACACACCUUGAAUGAAGUUCAAGGUAAAUUGGACGAAACCAACCGAACCCUCAAUGAUUUCGAUGCYUCCAAGAAGAAGCUGUCGAUCGAAAACUCCGAUCUGUUGCGUCAACUUGAGGAAGCAGAAUCGCAGGUGUCACAAUUGUCCAAAAUCAAGAUAUCCCUGACCACCCAAUUGGAAGAUACUAAACGUUUGGCUGACGAAGAAUCUCGCGAACGCGCUACCCUCUUGGGCAAGUUCCGAAACUUGGAACACGACCUGGACAAUCUGCGUGAGCAGGUAGAAGAGGAAGCCGAGGGCAAAGCUGAUUUGCAACGUCAACUCAGCAAAGCCAACGCUGAGGCACAAGUAUGGCGUAGUAAAUACGAAUCGGAUGGUGUUGCUCGUUCUGAAGAAUUAGAAGAAGCUAAGAGGAAAUUGCAAGCUCGCUUGGCUGAGGCUGAGGAAACCAUUGAAUCUCUCAAUCAGAAAUGCAUUGGUCUCGAGAAGACUAAGCAACGCUUGGCUACUGAAGUAGAAGAUUUGCAAUUGGAAGUCGAUCGUGCCAACGCUAUUGCCAAUGCUGCCGAAAAGAAACAGAAGGCAUUUGAUAAGAUUAUUGGCGAAUGGAAACUUAAGGUUGAUGACUUGGCUGCUGAAUUGGAUGCUUCACAAAAGGAAUGCCGUAACUAUUCCACCGAAUUGUUCCGUCUCAAGGGUGCCUACGAAGAAGGACAAGAACAGUUGGAAGCCGUUCGUCGUGAAAACAAGAAUCUUGCUGAUGAGGUUAAGGAUCUCCUAGACCAAAUCGGCGAAGGUGGCCGUAACAUUCACGAAAUCGAAAAGGCACGCAAACGCUUGGAAGCUGAAAAGGAUGAACUUCAAGCUGCAUUAGAGGAAGCCGAGGCCGCGCUGGAACAGGAAGAAAACAAGGUUUUGCGCGCACAAUUGGAAUUAUCACAGGUGCGUCAAGAAAUCGACCGCCGCAUUCAAGAGAAGGAAGAAGAAUUCGAAAACACCCGGAAAAACCAUCAACGCGCUCUCGAUUCCAUGCAAGCCUCUCUUGAAGCCGAAGCAAAGGGUAAGGCUGAGGCGCUACGCAUGAAAAAGAAGUUGGAAGCCGAUAUUAAUGAGCUGGAAAUUGCCCUGGAUCAUGCUAACAAGGCUAACGCCGAGGCCCAGAAGAACAUAAAACGUUACCAACAACAGCUUAAAGAUAUUCAAACGGCCCUUGAAGAAGAACAGAGAGCCCGCGAUGAUGCUCGCGAACAAUUGGGUAUCUCCGAACGCCGUGCCAAUGCCCUUCAGAACGAACUAGAGGAAUCUCGCACUCUGCUUGAGCAAGCCGAUCGUGGUCGUCGCCAAGCCGAACAAGAAUUGGCCGAUGCCCAUGAACAACUUAAUGAAGUUUCCGCCCAGAAUGCUUCUAUCUCAGCGGCUAAGAGGAAAUUGGAAUCUGAACUACAAACACUCCACUCCGAUUUAGACGAAUUGUUAAAUGAAGCCAAGAACUCUGAAGAGAAAGCCAAGAAGGCUAUGGUUGAUGCUGCCCGCCUUGCUGAUGAACUCCGCGCUGAACAAGAUCAUGCUCAGACCCAAGAGAAACUGCGCAAGGCCUUGGAGCAACAAAUCAAGGAAUUGCAAGUCCGUUUGGAUGAAGCUGAAGCUAACGCACUGAAGGGUGGCAAGAAGGCUAUCCAAAAAUUGGAACAACGUGUUCGCGAGUUAGAAAACGAAUUGGACGGUGAACAGAGAAGACAUGCUGAUGCCCAAAAGAAUCUGCGUAAAUCUGAACGUCGUAUCAAGGAAUUGAGCUUCCAAUCUGAGGAAGAUCGUAAGAAUCACGAACGUAUGCAAGACUUGGUAGAUAAACUGCAACAAAAGAUCAAGACCUACAAGAGGCAAAUCGAGGAAGCCGAAGAAAUUGCUGCCCUUAACUUGGCCAAAUUCCGCAAGGCACAGCAAGAACUCGAAGAAGCUGAGGAGCGUGCUGACUUGGCCGAACAGGCUAUCAGCAAAUUCCGCGCUAAGGGACGUGCAGGAUCAGUUGGACGUGGUGCCAGCCCAGCGCCCCGAGCGAUGUCCGUACGGCCACAACUUGACGGAUUGGCUUUCCCACCAAGAUUCGACCUUGCACCGGAAAACGAAUUCUAAAUGCCAUUUCUGUACUUCGUUUAUAAAAAAAUAUUUUAAAAUAAUAUUUCGUAAUUAUUUGUUAUGUUUAAUUUAAACAAUUUACAAUAUUUUUUGUUUAAUUAAUUUAAAUAAAAUAAAAAAACAUGUAUAAUUCGAACGACGGGAAGAAAAUGCACUUAGGCAAAACAUCUCUUAAAAAAAAAUAAAAAUACCAAAAACAAACCACAAACAAAUGUAAAACAAAAAACACAUGCAACUAAAAAAACCAACACUAUCAUAAGCUCACAUAUGAUAAACUGCAAAAUUCGAAACAUCUCUGA